AGGUGACAUUGAAUGGGCUGGAGGUUAUGACAUUCUUGGUGGAGCGCAUGAAGGAAGACUUCCGGCCCUAUCUCUCCUCCGUCAUACCCGCCGUCACCGACAGAUUAGGUAAGUCACUCCUCUCAUUAUCUGUUGUAUCGGGCAUAAGCAAGGCAUUAUUAUUGUUGCUGGAUUUGCCAUACAUGAUCAUAAUCAAUCAUGGUGCAUCAUCGGUGACAGUCUCGCGCCUCAUCCCACACAUUGUCAAACUUUUGUCAGACCCAACUGCAAUGGUGAGAGACUGCGCCUUCAACACUUUGGUGGAGUGCUACAAACACUAUGGUGAAAGACUUAGAGCAGAUUUGACGAAGAAACACAAUAUUCCACCUGCAAAACUUCCAGGAUUGAUGACACGGUUUGAUGAUAUACGGGACACCGGCCUUAUGCUGCCCACGGCUACUACUGCCACAGGCACAAUAGAAGGUUAGCUCAUUUACUAUUUCAUUCACUUUUGUUCUCAAGAUGAUGAUGUUAUUGA